AUGGAAUUUCGGGCCUGCUUAUCACUUCAUGCCGUGCUGACCGAUAUUUCAACCGCAGCCGUACCUAGUCUGCCCGUUGUCCCGCCCAAGGUGACACAGCCGCAGGAACAGCGCCACACGAUAGACACCGACUAUCAAGUCUCUCGCUACAACUGA